AUGUGGGCGUGACAAUUAUUUGAUUGACAUGUAAUUUAGCCAAUGAGAUUGUGUUUGCGGUCGAGGGGCGGAGUGAAACAUUUGAGUAUCUGUUAUGGAAGAUGUCACUCGUUAGAGGAGCUAUGAUAACUGCGUCAAAGUCAAAACUAUUGAGCCUCGCUAGGGCUUCUACUCUUCUGCACAACAUCAAUGUGAGUGGACAAUUACGCCGGCUUCCUCAAAGCUCCCAGCCCGUGUUCACCGCGGGGCUUCGGGGCUUCAGCGACGCUUCUGUCCAGAGGGAGCCCGAGGUGUCCGGUCCAUCUGAGGAUAAAGUGAGCCUCACUGAGUCAUGUGUGAAGAGACUAGGGGAGAUCAUGGAGAAGGGCGAGUACCUGAGAAUACAUGUGGAGGGAGGAGGAUGCUCCGGGUUCCAGUACAAGUUUUCUGUUGAUAGCAACAGGAAUGAAGACGACAGAGUGUUUGAGCAGGGAGGAGUGGGCAUCAUCGUGGACCAGGACAGCCUGGAGUACGUGAAGGGAGCCACCGUGGACUUCACCCAGGAGCUGAUCCGCUCCACCUUCCUGGUGCUCAAGAAUCCGCAAGCCGAUCACGGCUGCUCCUGCGGCAGCUCCUUCUCUGUCAAGUUAUGAUCUCGUCUCCGUUCCUCAUACUAUUACGCAAUACUCUGACUUAACAGCUCAUUGGGUGCACGUGUACAAAACAUCAACAAAUAUUAGAGAUAUUUUACAAAUUCUGUGCAGUGUAAUGCAUCCUCACUAGACCUGUCAUAUACUGGUCUCAGCAAACAUAUUAUCUGAUAUGUGUUGAGAAUACAUACACACAUAUAUAUAUAUGUGUGUAUACAAAACAUAAUGCUGAAAAAUUUGAUUAUUUAGAAGUGGUGGUGGUGAGUUGGAGUCAGGCCGUGGCUCCACUAAGCCACUAACUGGUUUGUGCAAUAUGUUGUUACAUAAAAAGAAACAUGGACCCAUUCAUUCCUCUUUUCAAGAUGGCUCUAACAUAACUCUCACUUCACUCAUGAUUACUACCUCUGUUUGCUUUAUUAGUGAGGUUCAACAAUCCAGCGAUCAAGUAUCAGUUGUUUUCUAACUCUAAAUAGUUCAUCUUAAACCAUUAACAUAGAGAGGAGAUUACUGCAUGUGUACCUAAUAAGCUGGUAACUCAGAGUAUUUGCUCUGCAUCUCUGAUAUGUUGAAUUCUGAAUUUAAUUCUCUACUAUUUAUCGACUCAAAACUGGUAGACAAUAAUUGUAUUUUCUUUUUCUGGUGUGAGAAUGACUGAGCAGCAGAUAUCUUCAUUAAUCAGUUUGCUACUGUUAUAAGAUAUAUAGAGUAUUCAGUGCAUUUACAGUUCACAGUGGUCAGUUCGUGUAACGUACUCCUACAUAAGAAAGGCUCACUUGAAUUGUUUUGAGUAUUCAGUGCUUAGAUUUGCCUUUAUGUGUAAAAUAUGUAAAUAUAAAGUAUUAAGUGAUAUUUGUUGCAUCAGGAAUAAAUUAAUUGAAUUUAA